UUCUUUCUUCCGUACUCCCACCACGUUUUCUUGACGUCGCUACGUUCUUCGUACCCUUUGUUUUUGGUCAUUUACGACAACAAUGACAUCUGUGGCUCUUUCUUUUCUCUAUAUAUCGGUCGGGCGAGAACCUCGUCAACACCGUCUGUCACCAUGAAUCCUUGCAUGGGCGAAUACGUGGUCAUUCAAAUCGAUCCUUUUACCUCGCUCGAGUCGUCGUCGCUGUACGAUCCAGAGGUAAUCCGAGCAUGCCAGGCGAUGAGGAACAAGAAAUAUGUAGCCUGUCUUACCUGGGCGCUUCCAUCAACGAGCAAAUACCUAUCUGGGACCGUCUGCUUCGUCUCUCAAGGCCUCACCUCGGGAAAUCCCAUCGAGGAUGUUACCCCGGCAAUGAGCUUGCCCAUUCUACCGAACACGUUUCAUCCCGAGUCUCGCGAGCCGCUCGAUCCCAAGGAGCCGCUGCCAUGGCCAGAUCUGUACCAGCAGACGCAGGCGGUGGCGAAGAUUCGCUUCCGAAAUGUCCCUGCAGAUGGAAAGCAAUCGCCGCAUGCUUUGAGCAUUAGCGAACGGUACGAACUUUUGCUAGGCCAGGAGGUGGACGAGUGCAGGAGAGAGGAUCUGGUACGAGCGCGUCAAAAAGCUGAAGCUGUUGAUUGUGAGAGCGCGACGUCGUCUUCAUGUACGGCUCUUGCGAGCAGCGACGCCGGAUGGAGCGUGGAUGAGACGGUGUGCACGGACUCUGUCGCGGGGCAUGGUUCUCUAACCGAGAUUGUUCCUGUGGUCGAGAUGUCGAUCGAUCUGGAAUCAGUGGACGUGGUCAAUGAUCCUUGGGAGUUUUUCGAGGAGGUGCAAGCUCUGGAGAGGUGAGCAUAAUCUGCUGAGAAAGUUUCCAUAUCUGAUGAUUUUUUACAGGCUUGUAUAUGACCACAAGAAACGACACAGACUAGCUAUAGAGAAGGCUAUAAAACUUGAUAGCGAGCUCGCGGAACGGAUAAUACUGAAGCACCGCGCCUCGUCGCUUGAAAAAGGUCUGUGUCUUGUUCAUUCUUCGAUUCUCUUCUAAUACCUCGAUUCAGACAACUCUCUUCGCUUCAAGCAAGUCGUACGC